AUGCCAAACGCUGAACACCAUACAGGACCGGAUCACAGCUACUGGUCGCAGAUGGCAGGCACUCAGCCUUCAUCACCUCAGAUCGAAAGAGAUGCCAAUCCCGGGAUAGGUCCAGAAACUCUUACCGAACCUUGGUUCGAAGAUGAUCUUCGGCGCCUGUCCUCCGUUAACGCGGAAGAAAUUCCAUCUUUACUUGGUAACAGCAGCGAGUUCAAUACUAGUACCCUUCAAACCGGCAACAUGUUCACCACUUUGGCCACGGCAAGCCCGGGGUGGUUGAGAGGGACGACUCAGUCACCAUCCGAACAGCGAGUUGACGGCGUGCAACUUUGUGAAGACGGGCCGCCUCGCUUCUAUGGGCCCACAAGUAGCCUUCGCUUUGUGCAAAAGAUGUCGAUCCCAUGGUUUCAACCUUUACUUCGAAACAGCCGCCUACAUGGUGAAAAGGCUAUCCAGCAAGUGAACCUACAGUGGCCCGGGGAUUCGUCAUACGAGGGAUACUUAACCACCCUAUUUUUCACUUGGUACAACCCGUAUAUGGGUGCAGUUGAACAGGGCAUAUAUUCUCGUCAAAAACAAGACUAUAACUUGGGCAAGGAGACGUUUCUCUAUUCACCAGCAUUGGAGAAUGCUAUCCUCGCCGUGGGUGCCUCCUACGCCUCUCGAAGAUGCGCAAGUCUCCCUGACAUAUUUGACCCUCCUGAUUUCUUUGGCUGCCGAGCAAAGGCCUUCCUUGAUUUGGAGAUGGAUUGUCCGAGCAUUGCUACAUUGCAGGCUUUGUUGAUAUUGUCAUCUCUUGAAGCUGCAGCUGGUCGUGAUUCACGAGGUUGGCUUUAUUCCGGAAUGACGGUACACCUUGUUUUCGAUCUAGGGCUCCAUCUUGAUCUCUGUCAUGAGGACGUCGUAACCUCAUUAAGGAAGCAGGAUGGUGGGCUAAAAUUCCUGUACAAGAGUGUUUUCCAGGCAGUCUGCUCAUCCAACUUGUUGUGGAGCAUCGGCACAGGACGUCCUGCUUCAAUGAAGAAUCUGAUACAGUUCAUCUCCACCGAAGAGGGCCAGCCUUCGUCUCCCCGGCAAAAUUCCCCCAUCGAAAAUAGUCCCACACAAGUAUCGAGUGUUUCAGGCCAAAUCGGGGCAGAAGGUGUCCCCGUAUAUCUUUACCGUCUAUCGGUGGAAAUUUCAAAGGUCAUGGAAACCUCGUACGUACUCGGCAAAUCACUAUCCACAGGGAAAAUACUGAUACCAUCGAGCUAUUCGAGACCUUUUGCGCUGAAGGGAAAUCCGACUAUCGCGAAAGAUAUUACGCUAUCACUUCAGGAUUGGCUCGGUGCUCUUCCAGCUGCUCUACGAAUAGAGGCAUCUGAAAUAGAGACCAUUUCGAGGAGUACUUAUCCCUCGGAAGUGAUUGAGCUGAACUUACAAUACCACGAGGCAAUCAUCCUAUUUCACCGCCAGUUUUUCUCCACUGCCGGUCCGGCGGACAAGGGCUCGCCUCAAACUAUAGACGACCGAGACGAGUCCGGCAACGCUCGUCAAAAAUGCAUCGAGGCAGCUUCCUGCAUAUGUCGGUUGCUGGUCCUGUAUCGGCAACAAUAUGGUCUCAGAUACAUCAAUGUCCAAGCGAUACAUAUCGUUUUAACGGCUGGACAAAUUCACAUCCAACACGGUGCCUCCUAUAUACGAGGGUCCCAAACACGAUCCGAAGGGUACAGAAAAUCGCAAGAGAUGCUGAACCUGUGCAUACAAGCUUUGGGAGAGAUGGCACAGACGUUUCCCAGUAGCAUGCGCGCGAUAGAAAUGCUUACAGCUCUUCGGCAACGCUGGCAUAAUCCAAGCUCUUUAUCCGUCGAUAGCAAUUAG